AUGGUUCCUGACCCUACUCAACGCAAGGAUGAGUAUCACCACUAUAUACCGCGUUUUAUCUUGAGGACGUUCGCCGACAACUUUUCUCUGAAGACCCCGAAUUACUUUGCGAGGACCUCGGACGUCGCCUUGGCGGACGCUAUUCCACAAGACUGGGAACUCAGAGACAAUGGCGGACGCAAAAAGAAGGGCAAGAAGAAGAAAGGAGGCAAAGGAGGACACGACAUCAAAGUAUAUCAAGUAGAGGGCCAAAUAAUUGCUUUGAGCGACGUCGCCAGAUCCUACGGCAACUACGAUAUGUAUCGAGAUAUCGCCGAGGACGACUGCAUGAUGUUCGAGGACCUCCUGUCCAAGAUGGAGAGUACCUCUUCGACAUUUAUCCGCAAGAUCUGGGCUGGAGAGGACCUCUCGUUGACACGAGUCCAGUUGACGGAACUGAAAAAGUUUCUGGCCAUCAUGACGUACCGGAGCGAGAACCGCAGGAACCAGUACUACGAGAACAAGUUCAAUCCGAAAACUCGAACGUCAAUUUACAACCACAUGCGCCGCAAGAACAUUACAAAGAUUCAGGACGUUUGGUUCGACAAUCUCAAGUGGCUCAUCAAGACCCCGACUGAGGAAAUCAUGAAGGAGUUCAAGAAAGCUGUGUCCAGCAUGAUGGAGUACAAAGGAUCCAUUCACGUCACAGAGCUUCUAGACUUUGGAGGCACAUGUACGAACUAUAUGUGCAUCUGGCAGGCGGAGGAAGGGACCGAGUUUAUCCUGUCGGAGGGCUGUUUCGGUGCCUGGGAGGGAGACAUGCGCGACCCGUUCCAUACCUUCUAUGUCGUGUCUCCGAGAUACUGCAUUGUCCUUGUGAACCGUCUGGAAAAGUGGCGCCCUGCAAGAUACUUGUCCUUCAGGUCUUGGUUCGAAGGGAAUAUUCACGCCUUUCCGGAGACUGUGUACAAGAAGGGCCUUCCUCCGUCGACUCCCGACAUGGAUUUUUUCUCUCCGGAGGAUGUUUUCAAGUACCAACGGAUCGUUAUCCCGAAGGAGGACGUCUAUUUCGUCAACAGUAUCUUUCUGGAUGCGAGGAAGACGUGCCUGACCUACAAUUCCAGUGUCUCUUUGUACAAGACCCUGCGAUACUACGACAAGAUGAAGACGAUUCGCCCUGACUUGUUCAACAACAGACAUGACUAUUCUGUCCUUAGGCGAAAGCUUGUUGCCGAUAUGAAUAGAACAUAUCCAUACCCUGAGGAGACCCCCCAGUAA